AUGGCUCCCACUAUCCUCAUUGUCGGCGCAACGGGCAACACUGGCCGAAGUGUAACCGAAACCCUACCUCAAUUGCUCAAGUCCAGCAACGCCUUGUCUGAUCAUCGAGUCAUUGCUCUGACACGCUCUCUGAAUGGAGCAGUCGCGCUGCAGCUGGCCAAAAUCCCCGGUGUUGAAAUGAUUGAAAAAGACUGGGUUGAAAUCACUGCCGACUGGCUCCGGGAUCACGAGGUUGUGAGGGCGUUCAUUGCAUCGCACAACGAACCGAGCCAAUUCGCCGAAGAGUCAGGCUUUCACGUUGCUGCCCUCAAAGCCGGCGUGCAGUAUGUGGUGCGGAUCUCGACCACUGCCGCGAACGUGCACCCAAUCUCUGACGUCUACUAUCCACGUACGCAUUGGGCAGUCGAGGCUCUCCUGAGCAACCCGGAAUUCAGCGGCAUGCAGUGGACGUCCCUGCAGCCGAACAUCUUUUCCCAGUUCUAUCUUGCCACAGCUGUGGAGUUUGUCAAACAGUACCGCAACACCGGAAACCAGGGGACUCUGAAGUUGAUGGCGUCCGAGGAUGCGCCUGUCGGCAUUAUUGAUCCAGAUGAUGUUGGGGUAUUCGCCGCUCACCUCUUGUCUCUGGAUGAUCCGGCAGUGCACAACAAGGCCAAGUAUGUUCUGAACGGGCCGGAGGAUAUCACGGGGGCUCAGGUCGUCAGCAUGGUGGAGCGGUGUAUCGGUACCAAGGUCCAUGAUGUGCGCUAUAAAGACAUGUCGUUUGUCGACUCGUUAAUGCACCUGGGUCAUCCAGCAGUGAUGGGGACUGUGAGACUCGCCCCCGUGACGUCUUGGGAAGGAAAAGCUAGCGUCGCGACGACGAGCAAGGAGGUGCUGGAGAUUGCGCCCCCCAAGCGCACGCCUGCUGAUGUGUUCAAGGCUCUUUUGGAGGAGUAA